GGCGCUCGGAUGCUGCUACCGCUGCCAUCAUCACCGCGAGAUGCGCGUCAAACUGGCAUCAUCAGCAUGUAGACCCACAUCUCUCCUUCACCCAUCACUCUAUCAAUCAGCACCCAAAAAAACAGCAACGAUGUGACCAAAACGACCCUCCUUUACGUUCCCGACAGCACAAUACGCCGUUUUUAACAGAUUAAUUAAUGCGGACAUGGUACAAUCUCAUCUGCAUCAUUCAGGUUUUCUUCCGCAUAAGAUGAAGUGGUCACCACCGUCUGCUGCCUCCUGCUCCCUUCAUUUGAUUUCUAUUCUGCACCGUUGCGCAUCAUCUGCAUUUGGAAUAGCGUAAAGGUCAAAUGAUGUGACUUUCAUUUUUGUGUUCUCCAUGAUGGGCAUGAUUUGAGGAUAAAUCACUGGAUAUUAUUCCGUUUUUCCUGCCUUUUUUCCGGCUCAACGUGAAAUGUCCUUGGAGCAUGGCCUGCGCGGUUAUUUAUCAACUUUAUUCCUGUGUCAAUAGAUCCCCUUUAUUGUUUAAUAAUCAGUAACACUUGCCUCAUUUGGUCUUCAUAUAGAUGGAUUGGCACAAUGGCUACCACUUUUUUUGCUGAUUUUUUCUUUAUGGGGGGAUAUUUCAGGGGAACCCCUGCUACUACACCAUAUAAUAGAAAUCCCCAAUAAAACAAACUUACAAUUCAUGUCUCAAAAUGGAGAACUACAUAGAGAACAUCUUAGAAAUAGGUGAGAACGAAUAUAUAUAGGACAAAAGAGAAAACACAUUUUCCCAGGUACCCAUCUCUUAGCUCAUAGCAUUUGCUAAAAAGCUGCUAGUCUUCCAAAACCAACACACCAUCAUGGGGGAUCUGGGCAACAGCACGGUAGAGUUCCACCCUAAGAAGCCAGCCAUGGACGGAGGAGGCAACGAGGGGGAUUUCGGGAUGACAGUGGACGAGUUGUGUUCGCUGAUGGAGCUCAGGGGACCCGAGGCCCUGCAGAAGAUCCAUGAGAGCUACACAGACACAGAAACCAUCUGUCACAGACUCAAGACUUCACCUGCCGAUGGACUAUCGGACAAUCCCGCAGACUUGGAGAAACGUCGGCAGGUGUUUGGAAUGAACUUCAUCCCUCCUAAGAAGCCCAAGACCUUCCUUCAGCUCGUGUGGGAGGCUCUACAGGAUGUUACCCUUAUAAUCCUGGAAAUUGCGGCCAUUAUUUCCCUCGGACUGUCCUUUUACCAGCCGCCUGGAGGGGACAGUGAAGCAUGUAGUAAUGUGAGUGCAGGUGCGGAGGACGAGGGAGAGGCGGAGGCGGGCUGGAUCGAGGGCGCAGCUAUCCUGCUCUCGGUGUUCUGCGUGGUGCUGGUGACGGCGUUUAAUGACUGGAGCAAAGAAAAGCAGUUCCGUGGCCUGCAGAGCCGCAUCGAGCAGGAGCAACGCUUCGCUGUGGUGCGGAACGGCACAGUCAUUCAAAUCCCCGUGGCUGAGAUGGUGGUGGGGGAUGUUGCCCAAGUCAAAUAUGGCGACCUCCUGCCCGCGGAUGGUGUUCUCAUCCAAGGGAACGACCUCAAGAUCGAUGAGAGCUCCCUCACUGGAGAGUCUGAUCACGUAGGCAAAUCCAUCGACAAGGAUCCCAUGCUGCUAUCAGGCACUCAUGUAAUGGAGGGGUCAGGGAAAAUGGUGGUGACCGCUGUUGGUGUCAACUCUCAAACGGGAAUCAUCUUCACCCUCCUGGGGGCCGGAGAGAUGGAGGAAGAGAAGAAAGACUGCAAGAAAGAGGUCAAUAGUAAUUCAUCCACGCAGUUCCCCAGUGUUGAAGCCAAAGAACACAACAUCAUAAAUGGGAAACAAGAUGGGACCCUGGAGAACAAUCAAAAUAAAGCUAAGAAACAGGAUGAGGCUGUUGCCAUGGAGAUGCAGCCUCUGAAGAGUGCAGAAGGUGGGGAAGUGGAGGAGAAAGAGAAGAAAAAAGCCAGUGUCCCCAAGAAGGAGAAAUCAGUUCUUCAGGGCAAACUCACCAAGCUGGCAGUGCAAAUCGGGAAAGCAGGUCUGGUGAUGUCCGCCAUCACUGUGAUUAUCCUGAUGCUGUACUUCGUGAUCGAAACAUUCGUCGUUCAGGGACGGGUGUGGCUGACGGAGUGCACGCCUAUUUAUGUGCAGUACUUUGUCAAAUUUUUCAUCAUCGGAGUUACAGUUCUGGUGGUGGCUGUGCCAGAGGGUUUGCCACUGGCUGUCACCAUAUCACUGGCCUACUCCGUAAAGAAAAUGAUGAAGGACAAUAAUCUGGUGCGUCAUUUGGAUGCCUGCGAGACUAUGGGCAAUGCCACAGCUAUUUGCUCCGAUAAAACAGGGACCCUCACCACAAACCGGAUGACAGUGGUGCAGAUUUAUAUACUGGACCAGCACUUCCGUGACGUCCCAACACCAGAUCAGAUUAACCCCCGGACACUGGAGCUCCUCACCAGUGCUAUUGCCGUGAACUGCGCCUACACCUCCAAAAUAAUUGCUACAGAUAAGGAAGGUGGGCUGCCCAAACAGGUGGGUAAUAAGACAGAGUGUUCUCUGCUGGGACUCGUGAUGGACCUGAAACAGGACUACCAAGCUGUGAGGGAGCAGAUCCCUGAAGAGAAGCUCUAUAAAGUGUACACUUUUAAUUCUGUCAGAAAAUCCAUGAGCACCGUCAUUCAGAUGCCUGACGGAAGCUUCCGUUUAUACAGCAAAGGAGCCUCUGAGAUCCUGCUCAAAAAGUGCUCCUUCAUCUUAGCCCGAGACGGUGAGGUUCAUGCUUUUAAGCCACGGGACAAAGAUGAGAUGGUGAAGAAAGUGAUUGAACCGAUGGCAUGUGAGGGCCUUCGUACGAUUUGCAUCGCUUAUCGGGAGCUUCCUGCUGACCCCAUGCCAGACUGGGACAACGAGGCCGAUAUUGUCUCUAACCUCAUCUGUAUCACCGUGGUCGGCAUUGAAGACCCUGUUCGACCGGAGGUCCCAGAUGCCAUCAAAAAGUGCCAACAAGCAGGCAUCACUGUGCGUAUGGUGACGGGUGACAACAUAAACACUGCGCGUGCCAUUGCUGCCAAGUGUGGCAUCAUCAGUCCUGGCGACGACUUCCUGUGUAUAGAUGGGAAGGAAUUCAAUAGGCGAAUCAGGAACGAGAAAGGAGAGAUUGAGCAAGAGCGCAUUGACAAAAUUUGGCCCAAGCUCAGAGUUCUUGCUCGCUCCUCCCCCACCGACAAACACACACUUGUCAAAGGUAUCAUAGACAGCACCAUUAGUGAUCAAAGGCAGGUGGUUGCAGUCACCGGUGACGGUACAAAUGACGGGCCCGCUCUGAAGAAAGCUGAUGUGGGGUUUGCAAUGGGAAUUGCUGGUACAGAUGUGGCCAAGGAGGCCUCUGACAUCAUCCUGACGGACGAUAACUUUUCCAGCAUAGUGAAGGCCGUGAUGUGGGGAAGGAACGUGUAUGACAGCAUCUCCAAGUUCUUACAGUUUCAGCUCACAGUGAAUGUGGUGGCUGUCAUAGUAGCCUUCUCUGGUGCCUGCAUCACGCAGGAUUCUCCCCUUAAGGCUGUGCAGAUGCUGUGGGUCAAUCUGAUCAUGGACACGUUUGCUUCUCUUGCUCUUGCCACGGAGCCGCCCACUGAAGCGCUGCUCCUGAGGAAGCCCUACGGCCGAAACAACCCCCUCAUAUCUAGAACCAUGAUGAAAAACAUCCUCGGACAUGCUGUCUUCCAGCUUAUCAUCAUCUUCACUCUGCUGUUCGUAGGUGAGAAGAUCUUUGAUAUAGACAGUGGCCGUAAUGCUCCACUUCACUCUCCUCCCUCCGAACAUUACACCAUCAUUUUCAACACAUUUGUCCUCAUGCAACUCUUCAAUGAGAUCAAUGCCCGUAAGAUCCACGGAGAGAGGAACGUGUUUGAUGGAAUCUUCUCAAACCCCAUCUUCUGUUCAAUCGUGCUGGGGACCUUUGGAAUACAGAUUGUGAUUGUGCAAUUUGGUGGGAAACCCUUUAGCUGUUCCCCCUUAAAUGUGGAGCAGUGGCUUUGGUGCCUGUUUGUGGGAUUGGCAGAGCUGGUCUGGGGACAGGUGAUAGCAUCAGUGCCAACACAUCAUCUGAAGUGUCUGAGAGAAGCGGGCCACGGGCCGGCUCCAGACGAGAUCAUGGAUGAAGACCUAGCUGAGGAUGAAGAUGAGAUUGACCAUGCCGAGAGAGAGCUGAGACGAGGACAGAUCCUGUGGUUUCGAGGACUCAACCGAAUUCAGACUCAGAUGGAGGUAGUGAGUACCUUCAAGAGAAGUGGUUCGUUUCAGGGUGCAGUGAGACGCCGCUCUUCAGUGCUCAGCCAACUCCAUGACGUAACCAAUAAUUCUACUCCCUCUCACGUAGUUCUCUCCACUGCCAAUGCAACUGGUGCCCCCGGGAGUGAGUCCUUACAUUCCGUUAACGGCACCUCGUAGAGCCCGUGCACUCAGAUGGCUUAGCAUUUACACCAACACACACACACACGUGCAUUGUUGCCUGCCUUCAAACGCACCUAGUCUGCUGAAUGUUAUGUGUGUGUGAAAGAGAGAGCGAGAGCAGAUUAUCAUCAUAGCAUCUGCUUCAACUCUCUACUUCUUUGUUUGUUUUGCUUAUUAGUUUCUUUCUUUCUUUCUUUCUUCCUUUUCUUCUUUCCUUCUCCCUUGCUACCUCAUAACUUAUUUCUUGCUCUUGUUGUUUAUUCUGGCUUGAUGCUGCCAAGAUGGUUUUCUUUUUCUUGUUGCCUUUUUAUUUAUGCUCCCGUCGCUUGAUUUGCCAAUAAUUCACCCUCAAAUCAAUGUUGCCUUAAAGGGCUACCAGGAUUUCACUCGAAAGAGCCAGAGAACAAUUGAACUGCAUUGAGAGAAACUAAAGUGGGGAUGUUUCAUCUGUUUCCUAAAUCAAAAGCUGACAACAUAGGUACGACGAAAGCAAUGGUUGACUGUUGUAAACCUGCGAGUAUAAGCCCAUAAUGGUUUCUGCUGCCAUUUUCGCAUUAGGGAUAUUAGCAUUAAUAAUGCUAACAUUUUUCUAUCCCGUUCAGGACAAAAAGCAUACAUACGGUAUGCCAUGUUUUUUGCUCAUGUCUUCUUGUGCGCCUUGUUCAGAUUCUCCUCUCUCUCUUCACAGGUUUCGUGUUAUAACCCGUCAUGAUCUAAUGACAAUGUCCUGCUAUUGUUGCUGCUUGAUUAGAAAAUCUUUCUUACUCUGCUGCUAUGAUUUAUUGUCACAAAACAGCUGUAGUUUCGGACACAAUCUUCUUGAAAGUCAUUCUCACAGACUUUAUGAGGGUUUAAUGCAGCAAGUAUAACAUCAACAUUGUCCUCUAGGUACCAGAAGCGAUCUUUUCCGUGGUCCAAAGAAAACAGCUUCAUUUUAGCAUUCCCCAAAUCCCUUUAAAGAGACCAACAAGCAUUAGCCCAGCUGGGACCCCCUCGGUUUCAUCACUUCCCCUUCAAUGUUAAUAUUCAGUUGCUUUUAUUUCUGAACCUUUAAAAAUGAAAGUAUGAGCACACUUUCAAUUUUGUCCUUUUUUUAACAGAGUUUUUUUUUAGUGUCUUAUCCUGUCCUGUCAGUCCUGUCCAGUGUUUCUUUUUCGUGUUCGACUUCUUUCAUCGUCUUGUAGCAUUUUGUGCUAUGCUAUCUUAGCUUAAAUACAACAGAGAAGGGAAGGAUCCGGCUCAAUGACUUUCAUUCAAAAUUUGUAUAGUUCUAGUUUCAAAAAAUGUUGUACAAGAGGGCUGCUUCUCAAAAGCUUUUGUUUGGCUGUCACGCCACAACAAAAGAAAAUGACUUUGUGCCGUAGGAUUAGACCUCCAUCCAUCAAACGUCUGUGUUUCACCUCCCUUCUCCUGCCGUCUGUCAUGAGGAGUUCUGAUGCGAUGUGUUUGGAGCUUUUCAAACACAAUUCCUUUUCUGUUUUUCCAUCCAGUGCCUGAAUUACAAAAGACUAGCCGAAUCCUCACUGCAGUUAAUUUUUUUAAUGUUUUUUUUCCCCCUCUUUGAUAUCAUAACCAAAUGCCAUUAUGAAUUCUGGGCCUUAUACUCGAAAGUUUACACUGUCAACAGAAAACAGCUUUAAAUUAAGCAUAAACCACAAAACAAAUGGCUCUUUGGAAAAACAAAGCUGCAGAAGUGCUGUUGUGUCCAUGUUGUGAAGUCCCCUCCCUCUGUCAGUCACAUUGCUUUGUGGUCAUUCCCAAGCGUGGUUUGGCUAUGCAUGUAGAAUGCGGAGAGCGGGGGGAAAAAUCCCGUCUGAUGAAUGUGACGGUCCAACAUGCAUGGUCACACACACACACGAAUGGUUUCUUUUCAAGAAGAUGCAUUUUUACCACGGCUGCUGUAAAAUCACACACGAUGAGAACCAGGACGCCAGAAAAAGGAAUAUGGAACAAUUUGAUCGAUGUUUUUACGGAUUUUUUUUCUUUCUUUUCCUAUUGAACGUGUACUUGCAUGCCAUGCAUGAACGGGAAGAGGAAACUUGAAUUAUUGUGCAUGGUUGCAUGGGAGACAAGUCCCAUUUAAUGUGUUCAUACUUUUGAGGGCAUAGAGAGUUUGGUUUUACUUUUUUCUUUUUUUUUUUCUUUCCUAAAACAACAAGGCAACCAAGAACUUCUAAAUGUCCUCAUAUUAGACUGAGCUAAUAUAAUUAAAGAUUAUUAAACCUUGCUUUACGUUCUAUACAUUUUUUUUCUCCAUUGACUAUAGAAAGUGGAUUUAAAAAAAAGACUUGCAAAUAUACCCUAUAAAUGUAACGAAUAGAAAACUGAUGUCAGAACAAUAAAUAUUGCUUACAGACACUAA